AUGGCCGGGAGAAGCGCUUUCCAGACGCAUCAGGUGCUAUCCCUGUUCACAUUUGCCAUUGGAGUCAAUAUCUGUUUAGGACACACAGUCAAUAGGAUCAAGAGAGCAGAAGAAUGGGACGAAGGCCCUCCUACAGUUUUAUCAGAUUCCCCCUGGAUCAGCACCUCUGGAUCGUGCAAGGGCAGAUGUUAUGAACUUCAAGAGCUGGAACCCCCUGAUUGUCGGUGUGACAACCUGUGUAAGAGCUAUAGCAGCUGCUGCCAUGACUUUGAUGAACAUUGUUUGAAGACAGCACGUGGCUGGGAGUGUACUAAGGACAGAUGCGGAGAAGUCAGAAAUGAAGACAAUGCUUGUCACUGCUCCGAGGACUGCUUGGCCAGGGGAGACUGCUGUACUAAUUAUCAAGUGGUUUGCAAAGGAGAGUCACACUGGGUAGAUGAUGACUGUGAAGAAAUCAAGACUCCGGAAUGCCCUGCCGGGUUUGUUCGUCCACCAUUAAUCAUCUUUUCUGUGGAUGGUUUCCGUGCAUCAUACAUGAAGAAAGGCAGCAAGGUCAUGCCUAACAUUGAGAAACUAAGGUCUUGCGGCACACAUUCUCCCUACAUGAGACCUGUGUACCCGACAAAAACCUUCCCUAACUUAUACACUUUGGCCACCGGGCUCUAUCCAGAAUCACAUGGAAUUGUUGGCAAUUCUAUGUACGAUCCUGUAUUUGAUGCCACGUUCCACCUUCGAGGACGAGAGAAAUUUAAUCAUCGAUGGUGGGGAGGUCAACCGCUAUGGAUUACAGCCACUAAACAAGGUGUCAAAGCUGGGACAUUCUUCUGGUCUGUUGUCAUCCCUCACGAGCGGAGAAUAUUAACCAUCCUGCAGUGGCUCACUCUGCCAGACAACGAGAGGCCUUCAGUCUAUGCCUUCUAUUCGGAGCAACCUGAUUUCGCUGGACACAAAUAUGGUCCUUUCGGCUCUGAGGACAGUAGUUAUGGUUCAUUUGUUACUCCGGCUAAGAGACCUAAGAGGAAAGUUGUCCCUAAGAGGAGACAGGAAAGACCAGUUGCUCCUCCAAAGAAAAGAAGAAGAAAGUUACCUAGGAUGGAUCAUUAUGCUGCGGAAGCACGUCAGGACAAAAUGACAAAUCCUCUGAGGGAAAUUGACAAAACCGUGGGGCAAUUAAUGGAUGGACUGAAACAAUUAAAGCUGCAUCGCUGUGUAAACGUCAUCUUUGUUGGAGAUCAUGGAAUGGAGGAUGUCACCUGUGGCAGAACUGAGUUCUUGAACAAUUACCUGACAAAUGUGGAUGAUGUUAUUUUAGUGCCUGGAUCUCUAGGAAGAAUCCGAUCCAAAUUUAGCAAUAAUCCUAAAUAUGACCCGAAAGUCAUCCUUGCUAAUCUCACAUGUAAGAAACCUGACCAGCACUUUAAGCCUUAUAUGAAACAGCACCUUCCUAAGCGUUUGCACUAUGCCAACAACAGAAGAAUUGAGGAUAUCCAUUUACUGGUGGAACGCAGAUGGCAUAUUGCAAGGAAACCUAUGGAUGUGUAUAAGAAGCCAUCGGGAAAAUGUUUCUUCCAGGGAGACCAUGGAUUUGAUAACAAGCUCAACAGCAUGCAGACUGUCUUUGUAGGUUACGGACCAACAUUUAAGUAUAAGACUAAAGUGCCUCCGUUUGAAAACAUAGAACUUUACAAUGUUAUGUGUGAUCUCCUGGGAUUGAAGCCAGCUCCUAAUAAUGGGACCCAUGGAAGUUUGAAUCAUCUCCUGCGUACUAAUACCUAUAGACCAACCAUGCCAGAGGAGGUUACUCGGCCCAGUUUCCCAGGGGUUACGUAUCUUCAGUCUGAUUUUGACCUGGGAUGCAGCUGUGAUGACAAGGUAGACCCACAAAUAGGAUCAUCAAGCAAAUUGGAUGAACUCAACAAACGCCUUAAUAUUAAAGGAUCUACAGAAGAGCGACAUCUCCUCUAUGGACGGCCUGCAGUGCUUUAUCAGACUAGAUAUGAUAUCUUGUGUCAUACUGACUUUGAAAGCGGUUAUAGUGAGAUCUUCCUAAUGCCACUCUGGACGUCAUACACUGUUUCCAAACAGGCUGAGGUCUCUGUCAUCCCUGAGCACCUGACCAGCUGUGUGCGGCCUGAUGUCCGGGUUUCUCCGAGUUUCAGUCAGAACUGUUUAGCCUACAGAAAUGAUAAACAGAUGUCCUAUGGAUUCCUCUUUCCUCCUUAUCUGAGCUCUUCACCAGAAGCUAAAUACGAUGCGUUCCUGGUAACCAAUAUGGUUCCGAUGUAUCCAGCUUUCAAACGAGUCUGGAAUUAUUUCCAAAGAGUAUUGGUGAAGAAAUAUGCUUUGGAAAGAAAUGGCGUUAAUGUGAUAAGUGGACCAAUUUUUGACUACGACUAUGAUGGCUUACAUGACACACAAGACAAGAUCAAACAGUAUGUGGAAGGCAGUUCCAUUCCUGUUCCAACUCACUACUACAGCAUUGUAACCAGCUGCCUGGAUUUCACUCAGCCUGCGGACAAAUGUGACGGUCCUCUUUCUGUCUCCUCCUUCAUCCUUCCUCACCGCCCUGACAAUGAGGAGAGCUGCAAUAAUUCAGAGGAUGAGUCAAAAUGGGUUGAAGAACUUAUAAAAAUGCACACAGCUCGGGUGCGGGACAUUGAACAUCUUACAAGUCUGGAUUUCUUCCGAAAGACCAGCCGCAGCUAUUCAGAAAUUCUAGCGCUAAAGACAUACCUGCAUACAUAUGAAAGCGAAAUUUAA